AUGUCAAAGACCUUCACCGUCAGCGACGUGGCGUCGCACAACAAGCCCGACAACCUGUACAUCAUUGUCGACCAGGAUGUCUAUGACCUGACCAAGUUCCAGGACGACCACCCUGGCGGCAAGAAGAUCCUGCAGCGCGUGGCGGGCAAGGAUGCGUCGAAGCAGUUCUGGAAGUACCACAACGAGGGCAUCCUCAAAAAGUACAAGGCCAAGCUGCAGGUCGGCUCGCUCGACACCAAGCCCAAGCAGGAGGAGAAGGCCGUCAAGGCCGAGCCUGCCCCCAGGACGGUGCAGGUGAGGCCUGCGGCGGACAAGGCUGUGCGCCAGGUCGCCGCCAAGACCGAGGAGCAGAGCGAGCCUCUGGAGCAGAUCGGCCUCCAGAUCCCAUUUGCCGACCCCAACUCGGUCCAGGGCUACCACUCACCAUACUACAAUAGCACACACGCUGCGUUGCGUGCCGAGGUGCGCGAGUGGAUCGAGGCCGAGAUUGAGCCCAAUGUGACCGAGUGGGAUGAAGCCAAGCGCGUGCCCGAGGAGAUCUACAAGGAAAUGGGCCGUCGCGGCUACCUGGCUGGCCUGCUGGGCAUCCACUACCCCAAGGAAUACGUCAACCAGGACAAUGUUCCCAAGUGCGUGCCUCUGGACCAGUGGGACCUCUUCCACGAGCUCAUCAUCACCGACGAGAUCUCCCGCACGGGCUCUGGCGGCUUCGUCUGGAACCUCAUUGGCGGCUACGGCAUCGGCUGCCCUCCGCUGGUCAAGUUUGGCAAGAAGUCGCUCAAGGACCGUGUCCUGCCCGGCAUCUUGGCGGGUGACAAGCGCAUCUGCCUUGCCAUCACGGAGCCCGAUGCUGGCUCAGACGUCGCCAACCUGACCUGCGAGGCCAAGCUGAGCGAGGACGGCAAGCACUACAUUGUCAACGGCGAGAAGAAGUGGAUCACCAACGGUAUCUGGGCCGACUACUUCACCACCGCCGUCCGCACGGGUGGCGAGGGCGCUGGCGGUGUCUCACUCCUGCUCAUCGAGCGCACAGAGGGCGUGAGCACCCGCCGCAUGGACUGCCAGGGUGUCUGGUCCUCGGGCACGACCUACAUCACCUUUGAGGACGUCAAGGUCCCCGUGGAGAACCUGCUCGGCAAGGAGAACCAGGGUUUCCGCGCCAUCAUGACCAACUUCAACCACGAGCGCAUUGGCAUCAUCAUCCAGUGCCUGCGCUUCUCGCGCGUCUGCUACGAGGAGAGCGUCAAGUACGCACACAAGCGCCGCACGUUUGGCAAGAAGCUGUACGACCACCCCGUCAUCCGCAUGAAGCUCGCGCACAUGGCGCGCCAGAUUGAGGCGUCGUACAACUGGCUCGAGAACCUCAUCUACCAGUGCGAGAAGAUGGGCGAGACGGAGGCCAUGCUUCGUCUGGGUGGGCCUAUUGCCGGUCUCAAGGCGCAGAGCACGCUCACCUUUGAGUUCUGCGCCCGCGAGGCGAGUCAGAUCUUUGGUGGUCUGAGUUACUCGAGAGGCGGACAGGGCGGCAAGGUCGAGCGGCUGUACAGGGAUGUGCGGGCGUACGCGAUUCCUGGUGGCAGUGAGGAGAUUAUGCUCGAUCUGAGCAUGAGGCAGAGCCUGAGGGUGGCCAAGGCCAUGGGCAUGAAGCUGUAA